AUGAUUCCUCUUCUUCUUCUUUUUCUCCUUCUUCCCUCAACUUUUUGUCUUAUUUGCCCAAAAGAAUACUAUCUUGUAAAUGAUUCAAAAUGCCUGAAAGCCGUCUGGACCCGGGCAACUCACUCAGAUGCUGAAUCUAAUUGUACUGCAUCAGGAGGCACGCUGGUUAAUAUCAAAAAUGCUAUUGACAACCAUGCUGUUUUCAACUUUGGUAACACAGCUGGAUUAGAUUCCAUUUGGAUUGGUCUCUCUUGUUUUGGCAACACCACAUCUUCUUGCUUCUGGGAUGACGCAUCAGGCAGUGCUGCUUCUUACAGUAAUUUCGAUUCUUUUGGCCCUAACCAAGCUGGCGACAGAAAUUGUGUUCGCAUGGCGGUGUCGACAGAAAGUGUGACGAUGGGAAACUCAGGAAGAUGGUCAAGUUCUAAUUGUGGUAAUAAUUUCGCCAUGUAUAGUUCCGGCUACAUUUGUGAAGCACCGCCUACAUUGAAUGCCAAUCCGUACAAUUCAAUGACUCCCGCAUGCAAUUACAACUACAAUCGGAAAUGCUAUAUGAGAUCCAAUGACUACGGAGCAGUAUAUUAUAAACAGUCCGCUGCAAACAAUUAUUGUCUUAUGAUGGGAUAUACUGGAGGCUUAGCGUCGAUCCACUCAAAAAUUGAUGUUGAUUUUAUUCGAAAUCUGUACAAAGGAACCAAUACAACACAUGUCUAUAUUGGAGCAAUGGCGGAGACUGCGGAUAGAUUCAACUGGAUAGAUGGAACAGCUUGGGAUUUCAACUACAUGGACCCUCUGAACUUCCAAAAGGCAAAAUGUCUGGUUAUGGAUGUCCAAGGGGAUGGACUAUGGUCUCCAAUGGAUUGCGAUCAGCAACUUCCAUUCUUAUGCGGUCGAAAAAUCUUGGAAUAUCUACCAGCUCUUGUCCCCGAAGCCAAAUUUCAGGAACCCAACGUUCUAGACGCUUCAAACUGCAACUCAACCCUUCUUCUGGCUCCUGGCUCCAUCUCCUCUUUUGGCUAUCCUGGUACUCCAUCUGGAACCUGUAUCUGGCAGAUUCGAGCUCUUGGACCUUAUCGUCUAGGCAUCUAUUUCGACCUAUGGGCCACUCUCGGAUCAUUGAGUAUUUAUGACGAGUUUGGAACGAAUAUCGGGAACGUAUUUGGGUCAUAUAACACCCCGCCAUUCGCAAAAUACACUCCGUUUAACAUUGCCAAAAUUGUCUAUGAGGCGAGAAGAAAUCCAGAUCCUAAUGAUAGAGGAUUUCAUGCAGUGAUAAUGAUGAUUUGA